UAAUGGAUUCCAGUAAAUAUAAGAUGAUUGAUAUCCUGCUUGACCCAUACAGAUAUUAUGCUUUACAAGGAAUCAAAGAUUAAUGACCAGAAAAGCACUUCCUAUCUCUCAAUAAAAGAGACUCUCACGAACCUGUGUAUCAUAAAAUCCUCUUGAAAUAUUCUAAAAGAGGUAUGAAGCUAGAUACUGCUAAGGAAAAGAUAGCAUGGUUUCUGGAAUCACAAAUACUGCCAAAUUAAUCUGCCUUCUAAAAAACUUCUUUGGGAGUUAUUCUGUUCAACAACACUUGAGUUUGAUCAAGAAGAUCCAUUCAAAAUUCUUUGUGGUAAUAUUGAAAGAAUACAAGUAAAAUCUACUUUCUAUAUUGGCUUCAGCAUCUUAUUGAUCGAAGAAAAUGUCAAGGUCAGUACAAAAAGGCUGAUUUCUGUGUUCAAACUGGGAUUUUCAGAAUAUUUCCUUCAAUCUAAAGGAAGCAUUUUAUUUGGAAUGUUGGAAAUCCUGAUAUUUUACCAGGAAAAUUUUUAUUGGAGGCAAAGUGACAUCGAAUGAUACAAAGUGACGUUACUUUACCUUAGAAACGAGAAAUCCUGAUAUAUUACUAAGACUGUAGAUAAAAAUCAGAGCCGAAUGGAUAAAAUUGGUCAAUGAUAGAAUUAAAAAACUAUAUUUACUUGCAGAUUAUAAUUUAAACAAGCGCCUAUUAAAAAGAUCCCAAAUAUCUCAAAUUUUACAUAAGAACUACUCUAAAAAUCCAGAAUAUUAUUCAAAAUUCGAUCAUUCCCAACCUUCAAUUCACUAAAAUCAUAAAAUCCCUCUCCCAAACUCCCAAAAAGUCCACCUAUCACUCCUCUCAGCUACCUCUCUCAUCCCCAGAUCCCCACUCUUCAGUAACUCCCCUCCAGACCCCACUCAAAUUUUCCCCAAAAGCCAAAGGCUAUAAGC